UUAUAACCCAUCCUCCACACACUCUCUUUUCUACUCAAUUUUCUCUUCUACUUUGAAGCUUUAACACAAAUAGUUGACUUCUCCAACAGUUUGUUUGAUUAGUGGAAGAAAAAUGGGCUCUUCACAAGAGAUUUAUACUUCACUUGAUUCCAUUAGGGAACAUCUUCUUGAUGAUGAUGUUACUUUUAUGGAAUAUUACUGCUCUAAAUCUUGUUUCUCUUUUCAAACUUCAAAUCUUGACCAUACCUCAAAAACAGAGUAUGAUGGUUUUUUCGAAUUUGAGGCAAAACCACAUGUUAUCAGUUCAAAUUCCCCGAAACAGAGUAACUUGAGAGAACGGAAGCCAUCUCUGAACAUUGCGAUACCCGCGAAGCCAGUUGUUGUUGUAGAGAACGUUGAGAGUGAGAAGAAGCAUUACAGGGGAGUUAGACAGAGGCCAUGGGGGAAGUUUGCAGCGGAGAUUCGUGACCCAAAUAGAAAGGGGACUCGAGUUUGGUUAGGAACAUUCGAUACUGCUGUGGAUGCGGCAAAGGCAUAUGACAGGGCAGCGUUUAAGCUUAGAGGAAGCAAAGCAAUAUUGAAUUUCCCACUCGAAGUUGCAAACUUUAAGCAACAAAAUGAUGAGACUAAAACAGAGAUGAUGUCAUCAGGCAGUAAAAGGGGGAGAGGAGAAACAGAGGAAUUAGUAAUCAAAAAGGAAGAUGAAAGAGUUGUUCCAAUGGCAUCACCAUUAACACCGUCGAAUUGGUCGACGAUUUGGGAGAGUGGAGAUGGAAAAGGCAUUUUUGAUUUACUUUGAAUUGUCAGUAUUGGGUAGAUGAAGGAUAAAUAUAUGGCACCUGACUCUAAAAUGUCUGAGGUGAUUUGGGACACGAAGAAGGUCGUGGGUGUAUCUAAGUUCUGUAAUUUAAGACAAAAACAUCCGUAAGAUAACUGUUCGAUUUUGAUUUAUUCAUUUGUAUGAAGUGGGAAAUAUAUACCUAGUGAAGAUUCAGCAAGAACUAUGUAUGUGUGUAUAGAUUUAUUAUCCCUGUUAUCUAGUGAAGAUAUAUAAAUAUUUGAAUUGAGUUCAUUGUUAA